GCAGCUGCCACUAUGAAGACAGCUCCAGCCCUGCACACUUCCCUGCCCGGGCGAGUGCCACCGCGAAGAUGAAGCUGGCAAACUGGUGCUGGCUCAGCUCAGCUGUCCUUGCUGCUUACGGUUUUUUGGUCGCAGCACACAGCGAAACAGAGGAAAUUAAAGAUGAAACAGCCAAGGACGCCUGCCCAGUGAGACUAGAAAGCAGAGGGAAAUGCGAGGAGGGAGGUGAAUGUCCCUGGCAGGUGAACCUGCCCCCACUGACUAUUCAGCUCCCGAAGCAGUUUGGCAGGAUCGAGGAGGUGUUCAAAGAAGUCCAGAACCUCAAGGAAAUCGUAAAUAGCCUGAAGAAAUCUUGCCAAGACUGCAAACUACAGGCUGACGACAACCGAGACCCGGGCAGAAACGGACUGCUGUUACCCGGCACAGAAGCCCAGGGAGAGGCUGGGGACAACAGAGUGAGAGAACUAGAGAGCGAGGUAAACAGGCUGUCCUCUGACCUAAAGCACGCAAAGGAGGAGAUCGACGGGCUCCAGGGCCGCCUGGAGAAGCUGAAUCUCGUAAACAUGAACAACAUAGAAAAUUAUGUUGAUAGAAAAGUGGCCAAUCUAACAUUUGUUGUCAACAGCUUGGAUGGCAAAUGUUCCUCUAAGUGUCCCAAUCAAGAACAAAUACAAUCACGUCCAGUUCAACAUCUAAUAUAUAAAGAUUGCUCUGACUACUACACAAUAGGCAAAAGAAGCAGUGAGACCUACAGAGUUACACCUGAUCCCAAAAACAGUAGCUUCGAAGUUUACUGUGACAUGGAGACCAUGGGGGGAGGCUGGACAGUGCUGCAGGCACGUCUCGAUGGAAGCACCAACUUCACCAGGACAUGGCGGGACUACAAAGUAGGCUUCGGAAACCUCAGAAGGGAAUUUUGGCUGGGGAACGAUAAAAUUCAUCUUCUGACCAAGAGUAAGGAAAUGAUUCUAAGAAUAGAUCUUGAAGACUUUAAUGGGGUCAAACUCUAUGCCUUGUAUGAUCAGUUUUAUGUGGCCAAUGAGUUUCUCAAAUACCGCUUACACAUUGGUAAUUAUAACGGCACAGCUGGAGACGCCUUACGUUUCAGUAAACAUUACAACCAUGAUCUGAAGUUUUUCACCACCCCAGACAGAGACAAUGAUCGAUAUCCCUCUGGGAACUGUGGGCUUUACUACAGUUCGGGCUGGUGGUUUGAUGCAUGUCUUUCUGCAAACUUAAAUGGCAAGUAUUAUCACCAAAAAUACAGAGGUGUCCGCAAUGGGAUUUUCUGGGGCACCUGGCCUGGUAUAAGCGAAGCUCACCCUGGGGGCUACAAGUCCUCUUUCAAAGAGGCCAAAAUGAUGAUUAGACCCAAACACUUCAAGCCAUAAAUCAUUAAUGCUCAUUCCUCUGAGUCUUCAUAUCUAACAGGGCAAUUAAUUCCUUCAGCACUUCAGAGUAUGUGUCAUACUCUUUUCCAUAGCUAAAAACUUAUCUCUGAGCAGUGGGUUCUUAUACUACUCAGCAUUUGAAAUAAAGCUGAGAAAUAUACAUUUUUAAGGAGUCUUUUCUUGCUGUUAUACUGUUAUCCAAAUUAUACUUGCAAGCAAUUGAGAAUAUUGAGAAUUGCACAUUAGACUUAUAAUUCUCUUAAUUUCCACGAAUUGAAAAGUUUUCUAUUAUUUGUAUUACUCACUAUGAUUAAAAAAUAAUUGUUUAUUCAGCAGACUAGAUUUUACAUAAGUAAUCUGUAUUUUGGCUGUGACUUAAACACAUCUGAAGAUAUAUCACUCUUUUUAGGCUAUAAACACUUAUUUGGGUAUUUGCUUGUCUCUAAAUACCCUAAUCCUCAUUCUGAGAUAAACUUACUCAAUUUAUGGCAUUUAUUUUGGGUCAGGAAAGCCUACAGCAUUUUAGUUCCCAGUCAAAGGGCAAUACAUAUAAUUAAACCUGUCUAUGUACUAGUCAUGAAAUGUAAAAUAUUUGUCAUGUAAAAGAUUUUAAAAUGUGGUAGCAUAAUGUCACUCCUAAAAGCAUUCAGAAAAUUAAUUUAACCUUAGAGACCAUGGUUUAAAGGUAAUUUGUUCACAGUUUAUAUAACUCUUUAGAUGUUUGAUGGUGAAAACUGUUUUAACACAAAAAUUAUCUUCCUCUGCUCUGUCUGCACACUAGUUCUUAAUUCAAGGUUGCUCACUACUGCGUUACAUUGCUGGUAGGCUUUCUGCUGGAGAGGCAGGUGUGGGUGGAGAAUUCAGCAUUUAUUCAUAGGCUAUAACACUCUGAAGGCUGAUUUUAUAUCCAAAGCAAUAAUAUCAUGAAGUGAUUCACUUCAUAGAAAGCUAAGUUUUAUAGGACAAUAGAUAGAUCUACUAAUAAAAAACAUGUGGAUUUUGAAAAUACAUAGAACAGUAGUUGAAACAUUAUAUAUUUCAACCCUAACUGGUGUAUUGCUUAUUUUACUAUCAGAAGAUUCAAAUACAGGUGUUUAUUUUUUUACCAAACAAAAGUAUCUGGAACUUUUAUAAUUCAUUAAUUAAUUCUGGAAUGCAAGUAUAUUAAAAAGAUUAUAAAAAAUAAUGUGUAAAAUUUCAUCACUGUAAAAAGGGAUCAUUUCAGAGAGAAUAGUAUUCUACUGCAUGUUUAAAAAAAUGCUCUAGAAUAAUUUGAAAUAAUACACCAUACUGUGUGUGAGUCAUAGAAAGGCAUUAAAUUUUUAACUUCUAGUGUCUUUUUCUAACACAGUAACCAAGUUUUCAAAAUAUAUUCACAAAGAUGUCUUUACUUAUUAUUUGAAAAUGAUUAAGGAGGAUAGUUGCUUUAAGUAACAAGUUAAUUUUUCAAAUAUUACCCUUAUAGAAAAUUUUAAUCAAAAAGAAGCAGGACAUUCUUUUAAAAAUAUAUAACAUACAAAGCUUUCAGGUAAACAUGAUGAAAAUUAAGUUAUUAUGAAUACUAUUAAAAUGUUAAAGCAAGAGAAAUGCAAAUAGAAUUAAGUAAUAACCAAAAUGUAAAAUAUCAUUGUAGAUGUCAAACGCUACGUAUCUACUCAAUAAGAUACCAAACAUAAAUGUUGUAACUGAUUUACUCUUUAUUUCUCUCUCUUUUCUUUUUUUUAAAAAAAGACUAAGAAGAUUUUGAUAUAUACAACAUAUUUAUUUCAGAUAAGGGCAUUUUCAUUUAUUAUAUAUAAUUAUUAAUAUAUGUAUAAAUUUAAGUAAAUCUCUGUAAUCAAAAAUGGACUCAUCAAAAAAUAUAGUUCUAAAGAAAAAUAGCUCACAUAAAAAGUGUCCACUGAUUUAAUGGGAACCAUGAGUCAUUUCAGGAGAAUUUGGCAAAUAAUUCAUUAAUCCAUGAAAAAACUCAAAAGCUUGUCCUUUUAUCUUUCCACCUUAUUUCAAAAGAUAAAAAUUUUAUUCUCCAUUAUACUUUUAAGGAACUUUUCUAAUUAAAAAUUCUGUCACAUAGCAAUUCCUUUUUAGAAUCAUCUCAUGUUACUUAAAUAUAUUUUAGGUUUUGAUAAUCUUUAACAAGUUGAUGGAAAUGAAUUAUAUCUGAGUCUUUUGCUUUCACAUAACUAUUCACUAAUAUGUGUUAAUGUUCAUAAAUGUGGAUUGACUAUUAACAAUAUAUUAUUUUAGAGUCUUGUCUUCGUUCCAUAUUAAUGGCUAAUAUUUGUUAUUUUAACUAAGAAUUUAUUUCUGAGCCUUAUCAUUCUUGGAAAAUAUUGACUAAAAUUCAGUCCUUAGAAAUUCCAAGUGGACCUGAUUCUCUCAUUGCUGAGAAAAACAAUCAGCUUUUUCUGAUAAGCAGUAAUGCUCCAAAUGAAUUAAUGACAUUUUCGUCCAAUACAUAAAGAGCUUAAAUAUACAAAGCAUAAAAGAUACCCUAGUAACAAAAUUUGCUGGUCCUUAUUUUUGCAUGGCUACCCAAGGAAAGAUUUUAAAGGUAAAAGUGAUGGGUAAUAUGAUCAUGAUAAGCUCUUGUUAGAAUUCUUAUUUUCAUUUAUGUAUAAAUAGAUUUAUGUUCCAUGUCUUUUAAAAACCGUGUAAAAUAAAAGAUUUAAUCUUCACAUUUA